UGCGGAAAUUGUUGUUAUCGCUUUUUUGAUCAGCUGUUGCUCAAUCCUCGUACUUUCCACGUGGUUCGACACAUGUUUAACUGUUGAUUGUUGUUUACCAAGAAUAAUUGAGAUAAUUACUAUUGCAAUAGUAAUAAUUGACGGGUUACGAUAGUACUUGUUAUGGAUUGAAUGAUGUUGUUAAAACUUGUUCGGAGGUGUUGUGUCACUCAUCAGCGAUAUUUUAAGUGGAAACAUCGAGUUAAAUUUCGAGAUUUUCAUAAUGAAGUGAAUGCCGGGUUGUCUUCUACCUCAUCUGGAAGUAUAAGAACUAUUUUGAGACAGAAUAAUGUUAAUUUCCAAGAAGGACAUGCUUGCAUUGUUAUUAACUGUCCAAUUUGUGGUUAUUGUAAACAAAAUGAUGCAAAGUUGUACAUAAAUAAAACGACAGGUUUGUUCGUUUGUCCAAAAUGCAGACACUCUGGGUCGUGGGAUAUUUUAUCCCACGUAAUUGGACCAAAGAAAUCAGCAAAGCCUGUUGAUAUGAAAACAGUAAAACAAACUCUUCACAUUGAAGACGACUUCACCGAAAAAUGGUUGAAUUUAAUUGAAUCAUGCCAGAAUAUUUCUGAACUAUCCGAGAAUAUUUAUAACGAUUUACUCACGAAUUAUGCCUUUCCAAAAGUGAUGCAAAGUCAGAUGAGCGGACUGCAUUGUUAUUACCAGAAGUCCUCAUCAUCUUUUUAUUUUCCGCUGAUGACGAUUGGAAAUAAAAUUGCUGGAUACAAAUGUUUAUCAAUCAGUUCCACGCUCAAUGAGAAAACCGUGCCAAAUGUCAAUGCCAAUGGUUUGAUUAUCUACAAAGAGAAGAAAGCAAAAAUUGAUGGUGUAGCAGUUGUGGUGCCGUCGGUUGAGGAUUUGUUGGCUCUGGUAGCAGAAAAAUCCGCCAAUACCGUGGUAUGUCUUCCUUAUGGCCUCCAGCACUUGCCCCUGCAAGUUCUACCCAUUCUGGAACCAUUCAAAAAAUUAAUCCUCUGGUUUGAUAAUGACACCACGAGUUGGGACUCAGCGAGACAUUUUGCGAAGAAGUUGAACGAGAAGAGGUGCUUCUUCGUGAGACCAACCAAUCAUCAACCUCGGCCCAAGGUCGCUGCUGUCAGAGGAUACAAUUUGAAGAACAUCAUCCAAGAGGCACAGCCCAUUUGGCACAAGAGUAUCACGACCUUUCACACCUUGAGGGAAGAUAUUUUGAGUGAUCUCCAGAACAUCGAUAAAGUCCAGGGAGUCAAGUGGAACAGGUAUCCAGCAUUGAAUAGAAUUCUGAAAGGCCACAGACGUGGGGAAUUUACGGUUCUAACUGGUCCAACAGGUUCAGGAAAAACAACUUUCAUCAGCGAGUACUCACUGGAUCUUGCGAUGCAAGGUGUCAACACUCUCUGGGGUAGUUUUGAAAUCAGAAAUACGAGAUUAGCGAGAACAAUGCUCCAGCAAAUGGCUGGGGUCUCGCUGGAAGAGAAUCUCCAGAAUUUCAAUACGUAUGCCGAUACCUUUGAGAAGUUGCCGAUAUAUUUUAUGACAUUUCACGGCCAGCAGAGCUUAACAGUUGUGAUGGAGGCAGUGGAACAUGCAACUUAUGUCCACGACAUAGCACACGUUAUCAUCGAUAACGUACAAUUCAUGAUGGGAAUGACCGAGACUUCGAAACAUCUUGAUAGGUACUGGAGGCAGGAUCUCAUCGUUUCAGCGUUUCGUUCUUUCGCUACGAAAAAUAAUUGUCACGUUACUUUAGUUAUUCACCCGAGGAAGGAACGCGUUGAGGAAGAAUUGACAACUGCCUCGAUAUUUGGAGGAGCUAAAGCCAGCCAGGAGGCUGAUAAUAUUCUUAUUAUUCAGGAUAAGAGAUUGACGAGUGUCAGAGGGAAAAAGUAUCUGCAAAUCGCCAAGAAUCGAUAUAGUGGAGACCUGGGGGUCAUGAUGAUGGACUUUGAUAAGGCCAGUCUCAGUUAUCAACAGAAGAGAAAGAGUAAAAGCGAGGAAACCCUGGAGGAAGGAAAGGAAAAGCCAUCGAAGGAGAAUAGAUGACGUAUUUCGUACGUUGUAUCCAAGAUAUUCUACAGAAACUAAAUUUCUUCAUAACUGAAAUGAAUCUGUUAAUAAUUAUUUUAUAUGAUGCUGCCUACACAAUUUUCCUCGGCUAUUUUUUCUACUGAAUUUUAGAUACCUGAAAUUAUUGCAGAAUCAAAGUAAAUGCCGACAAAUUAAGUAAACCUAUGUAAUUUGUUUUUGAUAAUAAACCUGUAAAUUGAA